CACCACGACCACACCACCACGACCACCACCACCACCCACCACCAGGCAGCUGUCUCCACCACACACCUCCACCAUGAGUCCUCCACGCUUAUAUCUGCUGUCACUACUGCUGUUGCUGUUCCUAACAGCCUCUCUGGCAGCGUCAGCUUCAAGACUGGGACCUGCACGAGGCGUCACCAGGACUCACACACCUCAUAAAGGUCAGGACCACCUCGAUGUGAUGGGUCAUCGUCAGCCCAAGUCACCGAAAGUAGCCGUUGUUGAAGACAUGGCCUUCUGGAACGAGCGGAUGCAGGCUGAGCUUCGAACUCAGUUAGAGAAGACUGAGAUCGUAAGUCAGGCGAAGAAUAUCAUCUUCUUCCUGGGUGAUGGGACGUCCAUAUCCACCCUGACGGCAGCCAGGUACCUCAAGGGUCUCCGAACAGGGAACUUUGAACACGAGGUCAUGGCUUACGAAAAGUUCCCUUAUUCGACCCUCAUUAAGACAUACAGCGCAGACAAGAUGGUGACAGAUUCUGCUGCCAGCGCCACAGCUUACCUCAGCGGUGUCAAAGGUAACCAGCAGACCAUCGGUGUGGACGUUAAUGUUCAGCUGGCCGACUGUGAUGCUAUGAACAUUCCACAGUUCCAUACACACUCUAUUCUUAGGAAUUUCCAGGACGCUGGACGCUCUACUGGCAUUGUUACCGUGACCAGAGUCACUCAUGCCUCGCCUGCUGGUACUUACGCCCACACUGCUGAGAGGCACUGGGAGAGUGACGACGACAUCAACGACGAUGGUGGCGACCCUGACCUCUGUGACGACAUCGCAGAACAACUGGUGCUGGGAGACACAGGUUCCAAAAUCAAGGUUAUCAUGGGUGGCGGACGUCAGAAGUUAACACCUAAGCACGUAGACGACCCUGAAGGCGGCGACGGAGGGAAGAGAGAUGACGAUAAGAAUCUCAUAGAAACUUGGAUCAACCAGAAAAAUCUCCUUGGUAAUGCCUCCUACGUCUGGCACCGCAACGACCUCCUCGCCGUCGACACUACCAACACUGAAUACCUCAUGGGGUUGUUCGACUGGGGUCACAUGGGCUUCAAAGUGGACAAUGACGUCAGCAACCCGUCCCUCAGAGAGAUGACCAAAACUGCCAUAGAGAUUCUUCAGAAGGAUACCAAUGGUUAUUUUCUCUUCGUGGAAG